AUGAAAUCCAAAUUCAAGAAUGAACAUCCUUUCGAAAAACGUAAAGGUGAAGCAGAAAAAAUUAGGAUAAAAUAUCCUGACAGAAUUCCAGUUAUUUGUGAAAAAGCUGAAAAAUCAGAUAUCGCUACAAUUGAUAAAAAGAAAUAUUUAGUUCCUGCAGAUUUAACUGUUGGACAAUUUGUUUAUGUGAUUCGUAAACGUAUUAAACUGAGUUCUGAAAAGGCUAUUUUUAUUUUUGUUGGUGAAGUUCUUCCACCAACAGCAGCACUAAUGUCAAAUGUUUACGAAGAAUAUAAAGACAAGGAUGGAUUUUUAUACGUAACAUAUUCUGGUGAAAAUACAUUUGGAAUUUAUUAA